AUGUCUAUUUAUCAGAUUAUAGACACAAUCAAAACAUUCCUUGAGAAAAAUCCAUUCAUUCCUCAAUGGGUUAAAUGGAAAGUCAUUUUCCGUGUACUCCGUAUUAAGAAUUCAACGAGUUGGACAAACUUUAUCACAUUGAAUAAACCUAUUAAAGACGCAUUGAUUAGGGGUUAUAAAACAUCUGAUCCUGAUAUUAAACGAAGAUUAGAUAAAUUGGGUAAUUUUAUAAGUUGUAUUUGCUUAUAUUUUGCAACUGUGGAUAGCAAAUUAAUACCAAAAGAUUAUAUGUUGAUAUAUUUGAUUAUCAAUUAUAUUGGCGAAUUAGAUCCUCCUUCAAAUUCACAAAUUAUAGUUAGUCCCAGGAUUUCAAAUUAUUUUAAAGUACAUAAUUAUAAACCUUGGUUACAAGAAUUAUACAAGAAAAAAGAAUAUGUUAUAUUCCCAGCUAUAUUUGCUCAAAUUUUAAGUAAUUAUUUAACUCCUACCAAAUACAAAUUGAAUCAGAAAUAUUUAUCAAGUGGUUUGAAAAGAUAUAUACUAAACCCAAUUUGGAUUAAUUAUAGAUUAGGAAUAAAUUAUAAUAGAGUUAGUUGGAUUGGAUUAUUCCGAGUUUAUUUGUUUCAAAAUUUUGUAUUGCAAGGAUUUAUUGGAUUAUACUAUUUUAAAGCCAAGUUGUUGGAUAAACUUUACGAAGUGAAACAUAAUGGACAAGAAACAAAGAAUUAUCAUGAAGUAAUCAUGAAUUAUUUAUGUUCUGUUUGGCAUAGAUCAAAUUCAUUUAUAAAUUUGAUUUUUGGUUGUAAUUUAAUUUCAAUUUUUUUAAUUAGUUUAACAUCACCAAUUUUCAGGAUAUUAACUCCAUCAUCUACUACAAAAAUGAAUUGGAUUCAACUGGUUUAUUUAAAUCAUUUGAAAUUUUUCUUUAAAAGUUAUACUAAAAUAAUUGGAUUUAUCGCAGGAUUUAUAACAUUAUAUUUCAAUUCUUUGAAUUUAAUACCUAGUUGGGGAUGUUCAGAAAAUGUUCGAACAAUUGAUUCAAGUUUUAUAAAUUCACUUGAUUUAUAUUUAUUCAGAUUGAUUUUGUUAUCUAAAUGGAGAAUAAUUAAAAAUAAUCAUCCUUGGUUUAUCAAGUUUUCAAAAUUAGAUUGGAAUAGAUUUGAAACUAUUCUUAUGAGUUUUGGAAUUUGGCAAAUUAUGAAUUUAAAUGAUUUUCUAAAAACUCAUAAAGAUAAGAACUUGUCGAAAAAGAAUUCAAUGAUUAAACUUAUAAACUACAUCAUGUGA